AUGACAUCUGAAAUCACACCUUCAGGCAUUUCGCCUAGUCCCUAUAAGACCUAUUCAUUGCAGGCAAUUCAUUCUGCUCGCCUUUCUGUUUUGGCAGGCCGCCACCAUCAGAACACGUUUGAAGUUGCGCCUUCUCACAGGCAGUUAGCGGACCGAAAAGGCGUCCAAUUCAAUGUCGAGACUGUACCUGACCCUCUUCCAGAGCACUUGAACAAGAAAAGGAUUGGUCGUCAUGAAGAACUGGACAAGAUUCGCCAGCAAAUUGCGGCAGCGUGUGUCCGUGAUGGCUUUGGAAAGCCCAAGGACGGCGUCAAAGUCGAGGCAACGUCAAAACACGACCCAAAUCUUAUUUACAAGGGAGGAAAUGGUUUCAUUGUGGCUGUUGUAACAUCAUUCGCCCAACAUUUGCCUCUCGAACUUGCACCUGAUCAUAUUUGGGCACUAAUCACGUAUGCCUUUGCUAAACAUGUUGGCGAGCACCCAGAGGAAUUGAGAGAUAACUUUGUCAGUCAUAAAGGGAAGAAACGAAUUCUGAUUACAACAUCAGACAGCUUUCAAAUGAGCCAAGACAAUAGUCCCGAUACCGGUGCAACACCAGAAGAAUGGGAGGAGCAAGUAUUUGCUCAAUUUUCGGCUGAAAUUCGAAAACAUAUUGGAGAGAAAACACAUGAUGUCUUGGUGCCAAACUUCAGUUCCACGGCGCCUUCAUCUAAGGCUGCAUCCGAGGUGGUACUAAUGGCAGCUAUGAAACACUAUUUCAGCUUUGGUAUGGAAACAGCGUGCGGAAUUCCAAACAUUGCGUUGGUCGGCACCGAGCAAGACUGGAUUGCUUUGCGUCAACGUGUUGAAACACUAGGCAACUUAAUGAUGCCUGAUUUUGAGCAGUAUUGGAUGCCAGCUCUUUUACCUGUCCUUGACAAGUUUGUCGACAGCUAUCAAGGGCGGGUGGAUCAUGGUUUUUGGCAGUCCAUGGUCAAGUUGAGACACAAUGGUGCCGGCUCCGGCUACAGAGAGUUUAUCAGUGGUUGGAUUCAAAUCUUCUUUCCCCAUCUAGGAUACAGCAGACGUAGCAAAGCAAAGCAGACAAUGCGUCAAUGGAAUGAAUUCUAUUUUAGUGGUCCGAAGCCGGACGAGUUUCCUUCUGUCGAGUCAUUUGCUCCCUGUGAUUGGAACUACCAUGGUUCCCUUUUUGACCUUGAGUUCCAUGCCGGUAUUGCUGGGGUUUCCCAAGACCCCGAUAGCGGGCGUCUUGCUCCUGUUACCGGAUGGUAUGUCGUACACACUCCACCAAAAGGCAAGGCACGACGAAUGGAGGACAUCUUCAAAGAGAUACAAGACCUGGAGCGCGGUCAUAAGGAAGACAUGAAGCUCGGAUAUGAACAUUACAAGGACCAACCUUGGAAUGCCCGUGUCCGGGCUCUUUGGAAGGAAAUGAGCGCUCUCGAGAUGGCAAUGAUGGGAGUUGAUGAGUAA